AUGAGGAAUGUUCGUCUUUGUGAUAGGAUCCUUGUCCUCUGGGAGAAAGAAGGGUGUUCAUCAUACUCAAUGAUGAGUAUGAGCAAUAACAACAAUAACAACAAUAUAGAGGGUUUGGGAUUACCAUUCCAACAUCAACAUCAUCAACAAGACAAUAAUAAUAACAGUAAUAAUAGUAAUAGUAAUAAUAGUAAUAAUAAUAAUAAUACUACCAAUACACUAUUACAAUUUGCUCAUCAUCAUUUGAGUCAUGGUGGUGGUGGCGGCGGUGAUGCCAACGAUAGUAUUACUUCAUUGUUAAACAACUUUCAACAGCAACAACAACAACAUUCACUUAACAAUAGUAUAUCUUCUCAACUUUUCAAUGCAACUGCUACCGGAGGUAGUUUGUCAAAUAGUACAUCUACAAAUAAUAUAUUGGGUGCCAGCGGCAACAGUCUAUUCAAUCCACAUAAUGAGGGGUUACUAGACUCCCUUCAACAUUUAAUUGCCGAGGUCAUUAAUCAUACAAGUGUUUUGGGUGCCAGUGCUGCUGCUGCCGCCGUUGGAGGAGGUGGUGGUGGUGGUGGAGGAGGUGGAGGAGGAGGGAUGGGAGUAGGAACAGGUGGAUUAAUGCUUCCUCCCAUCGUACCAUCUUCCACAUCCGAGGGCAAUUUUUGUAUUGUCAAUGCUGCUGCUUCUGCGGCAGCUGCAGCUGCUGCAGACAACUCAUCGGCUUCAUUUAUGUCAAUUGGAAAUAAUAAUAAUAAUAAUAACCAACAUUCUCUAUUGCCAAAUACCAUUAAUGGUAAUGGUAUUGGUCAACAACCAAUGGUCAACAACCACCAUACCCAUCUUCAUGGUCAACCUCAUUUCUUACCUUCAAUUAAUAAUUUAAACAAUGAGUAUGCUUCUAUUUUAUCCCCGUCUAUUACAACUACACCAACAACUACAACUACUAAUAUACCACAGCAACCAACGCUGCCAACAAUAACAACAACAGCAGGUUCCAAUACUGUUGUUGAUGGGGUUGUUGAACUUCAACAUCAACAAAUCCGUACAAUGCUUCAACAAGCUGCAAAUUCAUCCUCUCCAGUGACCCUUGAUGUGGCCACCGCAGCAUCUACACUCAACCCUCAAACGGUUGUGACACAACUACAACUACAACAAGCAACUUCCGCUUCUAUAUUACCUACUCCUCCUAUAUUACCGCCACCUGUAUCUACUCCAACAUUGGUACAACAACAACAACCUCAACCAAAUGGAGGAGGCAAAGCAAAAAAGACAAGGGCAACAAAAGAUACUACUACUACUACUUCGACAACAUCUACAACAUCAACUACCUCUACUACAUCUACAACCGAGACAAAUGGAAACAAGAGAAAGAUGGGACCAUUCUUUUGUGAACAUGAAGCAUGUGAAAAGAGAACACCAUACCUAGCAAACAAAAAUAGAUUGAGACAUGAACGUACACUUCAUGCGGCAUGUAAAAGAGAGAGUUGCAAGGUUUGUCAAGAGUUGGAGGCAAAGGCAAACAACACCGAGCCACCAGUCCUAAAGGAAUCACAGAGACAAUGUAUACACACUGGAUGCGAAAAGAUGAUCACUGUUUCAAACUUUUCUAGACAUAUGAAGAAACCACAUCACUAUAGCUCAGAUCACGUCAUUACAAAACAAGUUAAAAAGAAUAGAGAUCAACCUGUUCACUUGAACAAAUUCAAUUGUGAAGGAUGUAUUGAAGUGAUGAAAUUAAAAUCAAAUCAACAAUUUUUAGAUGAUCAGUUGAAUAAUAAUAAUAAUAAUGGCAAUGGCUCAGGAGAUCUUAUGGAUAAUAAUAAUAAUAAUAUUAUUGGUGAAGAUAAUAAUAAUAAUAAUAAUAAUAAUAAUAAUAAUAAUAAUACAGAUACAUCUUCAUCUUCUUCUACUUCAAAUGUAAAUAAUCAACCUACUACACCAAGUCCAGCAGAAAUGGAAUCAAUAUAUGAUAUUAGAGUUGAAGAUGAUGGUCUUUGGACAUAUUAUUUAAAUCUAUUCUCUCAUGUUGUCAAACAAUACUCUUUAUAUAUUUACGAAGAUCUUAAAAGUGGUACAGAAAAUAAUUUAUUUCAUAUAUUUCCAAAAGUAUCAAAAGAACCUAAAAGAUUAAUUGGAUGUUAUUGUGAUAUUAUAGGGUUAAUACACGAGUUGAUAAAAUUUGAACAACCUCUAGAUGAUAAUAUUUUAAUUAAAAUAACAUUUGAUGUAAAUGUAAACAAAAAGACAAUGUUGUAUCAAAAAGUUGGAUGUAUACAAUUGUUGUAUGACUCCAAGACCAUUGAAAAGAUUAGAUCGCCAUACGAUGUUCAUCAAUUUUUCAUUUCAUCAAGUGAAAUCAAUGAAGAUUUAAUUCAUCUAUUCAAUGCCAAUGAAUUAUCACAAUUAAAUGCAGAUCUUAAUAGAAUAGCAAGUUCAAAUUCAAAGAUGAAUGAAAAUGGUAAAGUAUUUGAUUUAUCAUUUUGUUUAACCACUGAAAUGACAAGUUUAGUUGGAUUGGUUGGAUUGUAUGGUAUAUUUAAAAUCAUUGCAUUCUUUAAAUGUGCAUGGUGUGAUGUUUCUCAACAAACCAUUGGUUCAUUGACCAAGGUUACAAGGAUGGAUACAAUUAGAGAUAUCCUUAGAGUAGAACCACAAACCUCAACUACAUCGACAACCGCUUCUACUAGUGAAAACCCAGAUAUUCAUUUAAGAAAUAUUGAAGCAAUGGUAGAGAGUUUCAAGUACCUUAGUAAAUUUACACCAUCAACAAGAAAACGUAUAGCCAAGAGAUACAAGGGUCAAGUUAGUGUCCCUCUUGUACCCAGUAUUCCAUUUGUCAACAUUGUUCCAGAACCACUUGAAUUGAUUAGUGGUGUUGUCAAAAAUAUCUUUAGAUACCAACUCCGAGAUCAGUCUUUGGUCGAUUCAAACGAUUCCAACCGCGAGAUUGAAGCCUUUUUACGUAAUGAUGCCAAUGUCUCAUUGUUUCGUGGUGGAAUCUAUCAACAAAUCCUCAAAAUUCGCGAAAGAUUUGAUCAUUCAAUCAUUAAUCCUCUAGAUGCCAUUUCAAUCGUCACAAAACAAGAUAAAUUUCUUCCAAUCAUUGCUCAUUAUCUUCACCACCCAUUAAAAGAAUUUAUUCCAAUUUUAUGGAAACAAUUAUGGGCAUUAAUAUCAAUAAUGAUGAAUCAAGAUAGAAGAUAUGGACAAGAUGAAUUUUUAGGCAUGACUUUUACUUUUGCAAAACUACUUAUUUCACUAUACGGUACUUCCGUUAUAAAUACCCCAAUCCAUGUAUUUAUUCACCACAUUGGUUAUUAUAUUGAAAAACAUGGUUCAUUAUUUAAAUUUGCAUCAAAUGGUGCUAAAAAGAGACAAAAUAUUAAUAAUUUAUUGACUGAAAAGUCGGGAAGUGCAGCAAUGCAGAAAAUCGCUAGAGAAAAGAUAGAGGCAUUUGAUACUUUUGGAGAUAUAUUGGCUGGUUGUGAAAAGUUCUCUGUCAGAGAGUACCACUAUGAUCGUAGAUACAGAGAAUCAGAGGGAUCUAAAAUAUCCUUUCAAAUUCGUGAAUUAUUCAAAGUAUCUGAAUUCAACCUCCCUGAAUUAUUCAAUGAUACUAUCAUGACAAGAGUUACAAAUAUCUUGGCAACUAAUCCACUACCUGCACCUCUUCCCGUUUCUACUGUUACUACUGCUAAUUCUAAUACUUCUACUUCUACUACUUCUUCUAAUUCUUCUACAUCUAAUACUACUACAACUGCUCCUACAACUGCUCCUACAACUACAACUACAACUACUACUGCUCCUACAACUGCUAGCAUUAGUAUCCCAACCACCACCACCAACACCAACAUUACAAAUGGAAAUAAUAAUAAUAAUCAUAUUAAUAAUCAAGUUGUAAAUAAUAAUAUUAUUAAUACUAUUAUUAAUAAUCAUAAUCAAAUUUUGAAUAAUUUAUCAACACCAUCAGCUAUUGUCCCAGCAGAACAUACUUGCUAUUCAGGUCAACAACCAUGUACAUUAAUGACCUUGCCAGCAACUUCUGCCUUGGCAGUUCCUUCAACCCCCAACUAUCCAUCUUUGGAGGAAAUGUUGAAUCUAAUCGAUGGGUUUGACCAGCACCAUCAUGAUGAAAUGGACGAUGAUAUGGAGCCCAUCGAUGACGACGACGAAGAUGAUAUGGAACCUAUCGACGACGAGGAUGAAAUGGAGCCCAUCGAUGAAUAUAACCAAUAA